AUGUCGGUCUCAGAACACCCAGAGAUCGAUGGAGCCUUGGUAGAGGAAAGACUCACAAGUCUUGGAGACGACUCGGUGGCUCAACUGGGAGUGACAGUAGCACUUAAUAUUUGCGAUGAUUACGUCCCGUGCGGAAAGUCUGACGACACCGACCAAGUGUUGAAGAUCUUUUUACGUCGGCUCGAGGGCAACGGCCUCACCACUCUUGCGGCGGAGGUUUAUCUGUACCAAAAUGAGCCAGACAAGCUCCGUGCUCUCAGAAACCAUUUAAUCGACGCGCUGCUUAAGCCUAUGCUCGCUCGUGGGAGAGGAAAGGGAGUCAUCUCCCAGCCGGUGGAUGAAAACGCCCAGACUGAGAUAGAAAGCUCCUUGCACGAAGUUGAAACAGUACAGAGAGACGAAGUUUUGAGACGGGACUGCCUGAAAAGAGAGGGUGGGAAAUGCAUCCUCAGCCAAUAUUGGUCUAGGUCAUGGGAGGAGCGCCCCUCUGAGGGAGCGCAAUGCAGCACCAAGUGUGCACAUUGCAUUCCUUUCUCUCUCUCCACUACCAACGGUAGUUAUACCCAAACGCUAAAUAUUGCCACAAUUUGGCAUGCGUAUCAUCGAUAUUUCACCGACCUCAAAGGAGCGAUUGCUUCUGAUAGCAUAAAUCAGAUCUCAAAUGCGAUAACGUUGAUGGACACGCUGCAUAAACAGUUUAGAAGGCUGGAGAUGGCUUUCAAGUCCACAGACGUCCAAAAUCAAUAUGCCAUCCAAUGGUUCGGUGCCGGCGAACAAUUCUUUCUACGAUGGAGCCUACCUUCCACAGUUCAGUUUAGUGCGCACAAUGGCGAUGAGAACCUGCCCAACCCAGCAUUUCUUCGCUGUCACUACAUCUUGGCUGAGGUUUAUAACGACAUGAACUUGCAAAACCAUUCCCUAAAGGUACUUCCGAUACUCCCACCUGACGAAAAGAUGACGCAGAAUGACGCACUAUCAUUCAUUGGUGGUGCGGGAGACCAACCCGUAGAAGCGACAGCUCAGGACCUGCAGCUUGAAUUGUGAACAUCGUUUAAGGGCUAGGCAUGAAAUACUUGACAUUGAUACAGAUGACAAUAAGGGAGUGAGAAGCAUUACUGCUCAUGCAAGAAGGCAUUUCGUUCUGAGAGGUUUAUCGCUGUCUUAAAGAACUACUUCGUUCGUGGGUGCUGAUUAAGUCUACGUUGUAAUUUGCUGAGGCUGCGGUCCUGGAUUUAUUGGUAGUUUAAGGUGAUGCUGAAAGACUGAUGGGCCAAGGUAUCUACGGCAUCAAAAUCCCUCAACUGCUGGACGCCCUGGCACUGGUUCUAAGCGCAACUGAACCCAGUGCUAAAUACCCAACAGCGUUUUCCUUUGUCAACAAUGCUCAGGUCGUGAUCGACCAUCGGAGUCUCACAUCUUUGAGUGACCUGGCGAAUAGAGUUCCUUGGAAAGAAGACCG